CGUGGACCCUUGCCAUGGCGCUGACUCACAGCUUCUCGCCCCCGCUGUGUUUUGCAACAGCUCAAGCUCCUCCAAGGAGUUAGGGAAGCCCCAUCCUUCAUCUCCUGACCAGGAUGACCUCCAACCCCACCUAUGAUUAUCCGGAGCCCUAUGCCAACCCCCGGGGAGAGGCUGCGGCUUUGCCCCGCAACGUCAGCCUGGUGGGACGACUGCGACUCACCCAGCCCGUUUGGCUCCAGCUGGACAUCAAUUCGGCCACAGCCCUCCACAUCUUGCAACGGGAACCGGCCGGGACAUUUCUGGUGCGAAGGUCCAACACCCGCCAGUGCCAAGUUCUUUGUCUCCGUCUUUUGAAUGACUCUUCGCCUGCUUUUGUGACAACUUACCGUUUACACCAGGAACGGGCAGCUAUUACACUGGAGGGAUCCGAUCGGAGUUUUCCCACGCUUCUUCAUCUCGUUGCUUUUUACUGCUCAGCUCCGGACGUCCUGCCUCUUCCUCUACGUCUCCCGCAGCCUAUCUGGGAGGCUUCAACCUGCCAGGAGCUGGAAGCCAUUGCUCACCUGGGCCUAGAAUUCUGGAAUUCCUCUCUCAAUGCCAAGGGAUCCACCCAACUGGCUUGUUUGGGAUCGACUUCCAGCACUGAUGCACUCUCUCCAUCCCAUCCCUUGAGAGACCCCCAAGAUCCAAACAAGCCCCAGACGGGUGGAGGAGAGCCCACCCAAGCCCCUGGCCUUCCUCCCACCUCUCUGGAUGGCCCAUCCCUUGAAGACGUGAGCGUCCGACGCCGGUAUUUCAAGAGUAACAUCAAAGUGCAAGUCUCCACCGAGGCUGCCAGCCCCCUGUCCCCUCCAGCUGCUCCACCACCCCCCAUUCCUGUUGGGAAGAAGAAGAGGAAGGCCCCUCUCCAGCCCCCUGCCUCCGAUGGGAAAAGUCCAUUUCCCAACAGCAACAUCCAAGACUUUUCCACGGACAAAGCAGCGACUGGAAACCGCUGCACAACACAGAAGAAUUCCUGA